AUGAAGUCUUAUGUCUACACUGUUUGCUUGCUCGCACUGAUCUGGUCUGCUGUUUGCAAUUCACUUUCAGCACUAGAAUGCUCAUCAACAGAAUUAGCAACAUCACCUUUAUUCUUGCAAGCCAUGGUCGAGGACAUGAACGACAUACAAAUAAUCCAGACGUACCUCGCAGAAAACACUCAAAACGGUGCUACUGAUGUCAUUUACCCCACAAAUAACGAGGUUUGGCACGUCAACCAACAAGUCAGUGUGAUUUUUAGAGAAGCCAAUUAUGAACCCGAUGAAACAGUUUCUAUCUACUUCUUUAACCUCACACCUGUCUUAGCAGGCGGCCCACUCAGUCAACGGAUAUUUACGUUUACUGUUCCGGCCAGUGCUUAUACUGGACCUGACAACACGGCAACCCUAGUGGCAGUGAAGCUGGAAGUAUGGUUCCAUCAAAUAUUAUACUACCGUAACUUGUAUCCUAGAAAAGUAUUUGAACAACGAAAGAAAUUCCAAGCUCCUGUUUAUAUCGCAGUUCAUCCCGAGAUUCAGAAAUAUAUAUCUCAAUUCGUACAGUCAUGUCAUCCACUUUUAGAAAAGGGUGAUAUACGAUGUAUCAAUCUAACAGUUAAAAAUGAAAAAGAUGAUAGCAUAAUUGAAAAAGUUGUUUUCGAGAUAAACUCUGUCUUGAAACAAAUUGAUAUGCCAUUAUCCAAAGUAUAUGAAAGUGAAUCAACUUGUACACUGGAUGAUAUAGAGCAUCAUUUAAGAGCUUGCUUAUUGAAACUAAAUGCGAUUCCUUCUCUCUUGAAUAAUCCUGCUGUUUCAGAAAAUCGUACAUUUUCUUUAUCGAUCGAGACUACGGAGGGUGGUUAUCCUACACCGAGUCAUGAUAAACAACAGAAUGUGGAUUGGGUACCUGCAGAAAUCGACGCUACCAGUAAACGGAUUAUACCUAUCAAAUCAGCAUCCAUGGAUAUCUUUCGAUUUAAUACUUUUAUUAUGGAAAGUUCAAUAAAAGGAAAAGAGCGUUGCUCAUAA